AUGAAUACCUCUAAAAAAUUUCAAAUUGUUUUUCUGAUCGACACAAACAUUUCUUCCACGAACUGUAAAAAAGUCGAGGAUCACUGCAGAGAGGUUUUAUUGACGAUUCUCCGUGUUCUUUCUCAUGUAUCCAAUAUUUGUGGGAAAGAAAUAAACAAGACUAAACAAGAAUAUUCUGAGACGAAAAGUUGUGAGUUGUAUGUUGUAGAUCUGGAAUGGGGUUUUAAAUUUUUCAACACCACUUCACCAUUGUUCAGAAAGGGAUCAAAUCACACAAGUUUUAAGAGCUUCAAAUCUGCUCAUGUAGAAAAUUUUGAAGAGAAAAUAAAAGAGGCAUUCUUUGGGCGAAAUGAUCAUCCCUCUGAUAAAACUCAGUACAAACGCUUACCAAACCCGUCAGAUAAUUUAUUAGCAGCGCUGACAGAGGUUUUACAUGACUUCAAAUGGAUUGAUAAUAAUGACAUUCUGACCUCUCCAGUAAAUAGGAGAAAGGGAAAACGGAUUAACCACCAUGAAUUUAGCAGUAAUUCAUUUGAAAAGUUUUUGUUCAUUAUUUCUAAAGCACCAUGUUCAAGACAAAUGUUGAGGCGAUUUUCAAAUAAAAAGAUUAUUGAUGCUGACAUUUUUUUGGAUUCUUUUACGUCACCUGCAUUAAUAAAUGAAUAUGUCUAUAAGUUCAAGAUAUCAGUAAAUUGGAUUGACAUGACAUCAAAAUAUUGCUGCCAUGAAAAUGACAUUACUCAACAGGAUGAUACAGCAGAAAGUCUGAUGAUCUUAAGAGAUACCUGUAGUAAAUUGAAAGGGUAUUUUAUACUGAAAGAUACUGUCCUCAGACACAACCCUGUAAUUCAAGAGACAAGACAAUUGGAAUCUAAUGUGAAUCAUUUGCUAAAUAAUAUGGCUGUAGAGUCAUUACUGUUUCAUUUAACCAUUUCACCUGAACAGCUGGUUGCUUCUUAUAGUGAAACAGCAUUUUUAUCUAAUAAAAGUAUUACUUUUUGUGAUGUAUCAAUCCAGAUGGUACCUAUUAAUGGGCGGGUAAGGUCUUUACAUGGAACCAAUACUCAACCUGUAUCCAGCUCAAACUGUGAUUUGACGAAAGCUAAGUUAACCCUACAUGGCUGUAUCCCACUUGGCUUUGAGUGUGACUGGCUGUUCACUAGGAUGUUGUCAUCGUACAUUGUGAACUGCACUGAGUCAGAAAUACUUUCACAAAUGCAACAGUUUUUACUGUCCACAGAAACUUUUGGGGUAUUAACAGUAAACACAGAAAAUAAAACUGCUGAAAGGCUUGCCAUACUGCAAGCAGUUUCUGGUUCAGGUUUAUGCUGUCUACAUAUUCUCCAAAUGGACUCCAAUGUUUUUCAUAAGCCAGCUCAGCAACAGACUGUAGUCACAAUGGAUGGAUUGAGAAAAACAGCAGAUGAUGUGAAUAAUACUUGUGAAAGUCAGCUAAAUGCUGUCCAGGAUUUUACCUGUCUUAAAGAUAAUACAGCUGUGUUUACAGAAGAAAAAGUGUUUUUAAGUCACACCAUGAACUCAUGGCAUCAACCUAAAGGCUUGGGUUUAUCUUCUCUUGUUUCCCAGGUUUGCAAUAGAUCAAAGCCAUCAAUAGAGAAGUCUAUUUUAAAGGAGAUUCAAAAGUUUUAUGUUAAAGAGAAGCAUCCACCUGAAAUAGUUCAAAACUAUGCGCCAUCAUUUUGCACACCGAUAUGUGCAACAAGAGACAACACAGCUGGCAAUUCAGGAGGAUCAGAUACAAAAACAUCUGUCAGUACUAGGCUCUCAUCAAAUCUAAGCCGUGGGAGGUUAAUGGUAGACCGAGCCAGAAGUGCAAGCUUCAUGGUUGAGGAAGGAAAUUCUAUUUUAAACCAUAAAUCUCCAAGCCCAUGCAAGAGAUCAAAUGCCUCAAAUUGUUUUGUGGAUGUAGAUCUGCAAUCAGAAGAUGAUUUAAAAACGUACCUUUCAAAACAAUAUGAUGAGGUUUUGAGUGCUGGCAUUGCCAUAGAAAGUACAGUUCGGGCUAUAAUGACAGUUGCUUGUCGUUACAUGACCAGCAAAGGACACAGCAGCCCUCAGAAGUCAGCUGUAACUUUGAUUGAAGAGCAUUUGUCUUUGUCUUGUGAGAAGCUGAAAGAUAAAUUCAACAGAACCAGUGCAGAUAAUAGCACUAAAAUAACAGAAUACAAGCUUCAAGUGAUACUUCGUCUAGAGAUGGAAUGCUUGUCGCUCAACAUGGACAUAGGUCAUCAGGAACAAGUGCUUGCUGUGAUAACAAGUAUGCUAAGAGGUCUUUCAUUUUUGGUUGGUGCAACAACAUUAAGAGAAUUUUUAACAGAUCUGGUGGCCAGCUACUCAUCAACAUUACCUAAACUGCUAGUGGAUAUUCAUGAUGAACUGAUGCUAGAAUUGCCGCCCCUGCUCUCCAAAUUUGCCUCCCCUGCAGCACCCAGCAGUGUGAUGAAGCCAAGCUCUGUGAAUGAGGAUAGUUAUUUAAGUGCUCCAGGCUCCAUGCAGCUCUUUUCUCAGUUGUCUGAUCACACAUCACAAACAGUGCGCAGAUCAAAGUUUAAACAACACCCAAGCAUAUCAGAUUUUAGGCAGACAAAACAAAUACUUGUCAAGCCAAAGGAAGUUGUUAAGAAUAAAGAUGCAAUUAAAGAGAAAACAAAGAUUAAAGUACGAUCGUCUAGGAAAAAACAUGGAGUGGAUGUGAACAAAGCAAAAAGGAACCUGUUCAAUGACAAAAGUAAGCUCAGCUCUUGUAGAACCAAAGGUGAAGAUACCACAAGGCAUAGAAGAAAACACAAACUCUCAAGAAACACAGAAAAAUCUAGAACUUUGGUACUUGGCACACCAUCUCAUAAGCAGACUUCUCAUCGUCAUUUACAUAAACAAGAGCGUCGCAGGAGCCACAAAAAUAUUAACCCUGCUGUUCAAGUCAUUGCUGAAUCUCCACUUAAAGAUGAUCCACUGAGUUCUACAGUUGACCAGCCAGUGAAGUAUUUAUUGAGGGAAUCAUUUUAUUCAUCAAACUCCCAGCCAUCCCGCAACUUUACCAAGUCACUAGAGACGUCCCAGAAAGAUUUUGCCUCAACAUCUUACUCUCAAUCUCAAACACUGCACAAGACAAGGUCUCAAGGUACUUUAGCCAGUGCAGUUCGAGGAGAAUCUCCAAUUUUGUCCCCAAGAAGCCGUCUUGUCAAAUCUUUAAUUUCCACACCUUCCCCUACUCCAAAGUUAAAAAAGAAGCACAAACACCUGAGAAAAUCUCCAAGGAAAUCUGUUAAAAAACUGGAAUUCAAAGAUGGCUUUAAAAAGUCUGAUAAUGUCAAACUAAUUUUUGAUGGAGAAAAUGCCAAUGAUUUUAACAUUUUUGCAAGCCCGUCUAAAGGUUUUAAGACUCCUGAGAAAAACAAAUCUCACAGAUCUCUAGUCUGGGAUACUUCAUCUUGUCCUACCUUAGCUGUCACUCCCAUCAAAGGAAAAAACAAUAAAGGGGCAUCACCCAAAAUUGGAUUUAAAAAUUUAAUUUCUCAAACUGAACCACUAGUGCAUAGCUUUAUUGCUAUUGAGAAAGAAGCAGAAAAUAAAACUCCAGUCAAGCAAAGAUCAAGUUUAUUUAUCAAUAAUACACCAGAGAAAAUCUCUCCGGUUUUAUCCAUAUUUACCUCCCCUGACAGAGCUUCUAGACUUCGUUCUUCUUUCUUAGCUAAAAGUCCAAAGAAAGUCACAGCUAGUUUAUUUAGUUCUAAAGAGAGCAGUUCCAUAACUAAUGAUAAAGUUUUGACAUUUUCAUCAAAGCACAUUCCAUCCUCAAAUGAAACUUGUGUUGGAACUCCCAUCAAAUGUUCUUCAGAAAAAAAUACUUUUUCAACUCCGAAAAAAUUAUUUUUGGCCGAAUCAAAAUUGUAUUCAACACCUGGUAAAACCUCCACUCCCGGCAAAGUUACAUUUUCUGAACGCUGCACCGUUUCAUCCCUGUCUGUCAUAAACCCUCCAUCAGGGGAAAAAAGUACACCUAUCAAGUCUAUCCUGAAAGGUUCCCCCAAUAUUAAAGUUGUGCGUAGAGUAGAACUGCAGUCUGUAGUAGGACCCAGCCCCAGAACUCUAGACAGUAAGUUUGGACAAUUUUCUGAAAGGAAUAAAUGUCCUCCUCAGUCUGAGAUGUCUGCAAACAAAACAAGUGCAGUUGAUUCUCAAGAUUCAAGGAACACAUCAACUAGUGGUGUAACCAUAUGUACUACCCCUACCUCUAGCAAUAAAAUGGAUGCAAUCAACCAAUGGGCCAGAAGGAAAAAAUGCAGUCCCAAGCACACUUCUCCCUCAGUGUCCCCAGCCUCAGGUUGUAAAGGGUUAAAGAAAACUAUCCUUGAUGCUGCUGAAACUGUGGAGCAUGAAAGUGGUGUCAUCAAUAAGGAAACAGACAGUCAGUCAGGGCUCAAUGGUGUAGAGCAGUCAUCACAUUUUAUCAGAAAAAGAAGGCUGUUCUGCGUUGAAGAUACAACAUUGACUGAAUCACCGAGUAAAAAGAUGAGAAAAAAUGUUUCUGUUGCCAGGUCUGAUACCCUUGUAUUUGGCCCAGCCAACAGUCCAGAGAUAGUCCCAUGGGAAAGGGAAGAUACAUUUUAUGACAUGAAGUGUUUGCCCACGUCUUCUGUUUUUUCUCAGUCCAGUCAAAGCACUGUCUCUAACCUUUCGUUGUCGCAGACAUUGUCUUUGAUGUCCCCUGUGAAGAGAGUCACCAGAAACACGUCCAGUAUUUUUGGUGAAAGCAGCCAGGGGUUCCACAUGACCAGUGACAACUCGCAUUCAUUAAAAAGUGGCCAGGCUUGUGUGGAGGAUCAUGCCUCGCCACUGAAACAUGCCUCGUCACUGACACAUCAUGCCUCGCCACUGACACAUCAUGCCUCGCCACUGACACAUGCCUCGCCACUGACACAUCAUGCAACAUCUGCCACCACACAGGACAACGGUUCACCUCUUAAAACUGGCUUAGCAUUGACCAGUCCCAACAAAAAACAGUAUUCUCCUGCACUGUCGGCAAGUGGUCUCAUGCAUUUAAUCCAGUCACCUUUACUCUCUCCCAAAUCAAAACGAAACAGAUCUCGUGAUAAGUCACCCAAGGCCAGAAAAUGUUUAAAUAGCUAA